AAUCAUGGGAACGUGGCCUCAAUUGGUGGUGAUGAAUUGGAAAUGAAGAACAGGGGAGACCAGCACAAAAUCCACACAGUGGAGAAACCAUCUAAAUAUUUGGAGUGUGGAGAGAGCUCUGUCACCCUUUCCACUUCCUAUCAAAGAAAUCUUAUUGGGAUAAAACCCUAUCAGUGUUUGGAAUGUGGAAAGAGAUUCAGUCAGAGCUCCCAUCUCACUUCCCACCAAAGAAUUCAUACAGGGGAGAAACCAUAUCAGUGCUUGGAAUGUGGAAAGAGCUUCAGUCAAAACUCCAGUCUCACUUCCCAUCAAAGAAUUCAUACAGGGGAGAAACCAUAUCAGUGUUUGGAAUGUGGAAAGAACUUCAGUCAUAGGUGCAAUCUUGCUUCGCAUCAAAGAAUCCAUGCAGAGGAGAAAUCGUAUCAGUGCUUGGAAUGUGGAAAGAGCUUCCGUCAGAGGUCUAGUCUCACUUGCCAUCAAAGAAUUCAUACAGGGGAGAAACCCUAUCAAUGCUUUGAAUGUGGAAAGAACUUCAGUCAUAGCUGCAAUCUCGCUUCCCAUCAAAGAAUCCAUGCAGGGGAGAAAUUGUAUCAGUGCUUGGAAUGUGGAAAGAGCUUCAGUCGAAAGAACCAUCUCACUUCCCAUCAAAGAAUUCAUACAGGGGAAAAACCCUAUGAGUGUCUGGAAUGUGGAAAGAGCUUCAGUGGAAAGCAUCAUCUGCUUAUCCAUCAAAGAAUUCAUACAGGUGAGAAACCCUAUCAGUGCUUUGAAUGUGGAAAAAGCUUCAUUCACAGGGUCAGUCUCACUUCCCAUCGAAGAAUCCAUACGGGGGAGAAACCCUAUCAGUGUCUGGAAUGUGGAAAGAGCUUCAGUCACAGCGCCUCUCUCAAUUUACAUCAAAGAAUUCACACAGGGCUGAAGCCAUAUCAGUGCUUAAAAUGUGGAAAGAGAUUCGAUCGGAGCACCACUCUCACCAACCAUCAAAUAACUCAUACAGGGGAGAAAUCAUAUCAGUGCUUGGAAUGUGGAAAGAGCUUCACCCAGAGAGGAAGUCUCACUGCCCAUCAGAGAAUUCAUACAUUGGAGAAACCAUUUCAGUGUCAAGAGUGUGGAAAGAGCUUUAGUUGGAAGGAAAGUCUCACUUCCCAUCAAAGAAUUCAUACAGGGGAGAAACCAUAUCAGUGUUUGGAAUGUGGUAAGAACUUCAGUCAUAGUUCCAGUCUCGCUUCCCAUCAAAGAAUCCAUGCGGGGGACAAACCGUAUAAGUGUCUGGAAUGUGGAAAGUGCUUCAGUCGGAAGGACAAUCUCACUUUCCAUCAAAGAAUCCAUACAGGGGAGAAACCCUAUAAGUGUCUGGAAUGUGGAAAGUGCUUCAUUCGGAAGGACCAUCUCACUUCCCAUCAAAGAAUUCAUACAGGCAAGAAACCAUAUCAAUGUGUGGAAUGUGGAAAGAUCUUCAGUUACAAGAACAAUCUCGUUUCCCAUCAAAGAAUUCAUACAGGGGAGAAGCCAUAUCAGUGCUUGGAAUGUGGAAAGAGUUUCAGUUACAGAGCCAGUCUCACUUCCCAUCAAAGAAUUCAUACAGGGGAGAAACCAUAUAAUUGCUUGGCAUGUGGGAAGACCUUUCGUCACAGCUGCCAUCUCAAGUCCCAUCUCAGAACUCAUACAGGGGAGAAACCAUAUGAGUGCAUGGAAUGUGGAAAGAGCUUCAGUAAGAGUUCUGUUCUCACUUCCCAUCAAAGAAUUCAUACAGGGGAGAAACCGUAUCAGUGCUUGGAAUGUGGAAAGAUCUUCAGUUAUAAGAACAAUCUCACUUCCCAUCAAAGAAUUCAUACAGGGGAGAAGCCAUAUCAGUGCUUGGAAUGUGGAGAGAGCUUCAGCUACAGAGCCAGUCUCACUUUCCAUCAAAGAAUUCAUACUGGGGAGAAACCAUAUAAUUGCUUGGCAUGUGGGAAGAGCUUCCGUCACAGCUGCCAUCUCAAAUCCCAUCUUAGAAUUCACACAGGGGAGAAACCAUAUGAGUGCAUGGAAUGUGGAAAGAGCUUCAGUCAGAGGUCCAAUCUCACUUCCCAUCAAAGAAUUCAUACAGGGGAGAAACCAUUUCAAUGUCUGGAAUGUGGAAAGAGCUUCAGUCAGAGUUCUGCUCUCACUUCCCAUCAACGAAUUCACACAGGGGAGAAGCCGUAUGAGUGCUUGGAAUGUGGGAAAAGCUUCAGUCAGAAGGGCAAUCUCACUUUCCAUCAAAAAAUCCACAGUGAGGAGAAUUGUAGAAUCUAGUUCACCCCACUGCAGUGCAGAAAUCUCUGAGCCUGUGCUUCAGAUCUUCCAAGGAAGGAGAGCGGACCACCUUCCACUGUUGUACAGCUGUGAACAUUAGAAAGUUCUUCCUGAUGUUUAAUUGGAAUCAACUUUCUUAUAACUUGAAGGCAUUGGUUCAGGUACUCCUCUACAGACCAGGAAGAAACAAGCUUGCUCCAUCCUGCAUGGGACAGCCUUUAGAUAUUUAGAGAUUGCUCUCCUAUCUCCUCUAAAUCUACCAUUUUGUGGACUAAACAC